UUUCACCGUUUCUCGGUGCUUUGGAUAGUUUGGUGCCAAAACAACUCUAAAGUAAGGUGAGAGCUCGUGGCGAUUUACUUUUUUGGGGUACCCCCCUUCUUUACAGAUGCAGCUGUAAUGAAUGUAUGUAAAACUUGCCUUCGGAAUCAACUUAUUGUUUAGUUAAUUUCCUUCAUGUAUUUAUCGUGCGUUUUUUUCUCCCCCACAACUUAAGAAGCGCCGGACUUGAGAAUCAGAACAUGGAAAUGGUUUAAUGCUUAUGCGUUUAAUAUCUGGAGGAGAUCGCUGGGUCUAAGCUAGCUCUUGACUGCAUAUUGAUCAGCAAAGUUUAUAAAUGGAGACGGAUCCCCUGUUAGUAUCGCCGCAGAAAAAUCCAUCACCAUUCCGCGGGCUGGAUACCAGUUCAUUUUCAAACCCUGACAGUGGUUAUUAUGGGGGGACACUUCGGUCAAGGAGAUUUUCCCAUACCGCAACAGAAUCUGCAUCCUGCGACAUGAUACAACAAGAAGAUGGAGACCUCUAUAUGCAGCAAGCUACUGUGUUCAUUGAAGAUGCUGUACAGUAUCGAUCAAUAAACCAUCGCGUGGAUUCCAAAUCACUGAGACUUUAUCGCUGGUACUAUUCCAAGAUCUGCCAGUGGGGUUUGGGUGCUACCAUCUUUGUCAUUUUGGCUGUGGCGUUUAUCGAAAAGCCUUCGUCUUUGACGGCGACAUCGGACGUUCGCUACCGCAGUGCGCCCUGGGAGCCACCGUGUGGUCUGACAGAGAGCAUCGAAAUGGUCUGUUUCCUUAUCUUCGUGGCUGACGUGGCUGUAAAAAGCUAUUUAAUUGGCUGGGAGGAAUUUCAGAAGAACAAAUGGCUCAUAGCCUAUAUCUUUGUGAUUGCAUUUUCAAUGUUGGACUGGAUGGUGUCGCUUGGUCUGCACUGUGAAGAGCCUUUAAGAGUUCGAAGACUCCUUCGACCUUUCUUUCUCCUUCAAAACUCAUCACUAAUGAAGAAGACUUUAAAAUGCAUUAAAAGAUCCCUUCCUGAAAUAACAAGUGUGAUGUUGCUGUUGGCACUACACCUGUGUCUUUUUACAAUGUUUGGCAUGCUGUUGUUUGCCAGGGGAAAGGAUUCUAAUGGGAACGCAGAAUGGCAGGCUUACUUCAGAAACCUACCCGAUUCACUUACUUCGUUACUAGUGCUCCUGACAACAGCAAAUAAUCCAGAUGUGAUGAUCCCUGCAUACUCAAAGAACAGAUUCUAUUGCAUCUUCUUCAUUCUUUUCUGUGGUUUUGGAACCUACUUUUUGAUGAAUUUGCUGACUGCCAUUAUCUACAAUCAGUUCAGGGGAUAUUUGCUGAUCUCUAUUCAGACGUCCCUGCUAAGGAGACGCUUGGGGAUCAGGGCAGCGUUUGAAGUGAUGUGUUGUCAGUGCCGGUCCAUGGCAGGCAUAAAUGAGCAUGUGGAGACUGUCAACACUGAGAUGGUCCUCAAGAUUCUACAGGGGGUUCAUAUGAAGCCUUAUUAUAAAAAAGCCAUAAUCCAGAAAACUCAGCAAUACACUGAUGCUUCAAUAUCAGCCAACCAGUUUCAGAAACUUUUUGAUGAACUCGACAAGGACACAGUCAAACACCACCCUCCAAAGCCAGACUAUCAGCGUGUGUUCCUGCAGAAGCUACAGUUCAUCUUCAGCCAUCAUUACUUCAGCCUUAUGGGGAAUGUUGUCGCGUUGGCGAAUAUGGUGUGCAUUUGUGUGGCUCUGGUGAUUGACGCAGAUAAGGCCGUUUCAGAACACGAUGAUUACUUUCUGGGGGUGAUUAACUGCGUCUUCAUUGUGUACUACCUGCUCGAAAUGAUCCUGAAGAUGUUUGCUUUGGGCUUCAAAGGCUACUUGUCUCACAGGAGUAAUAUAUUUGAUGGAUUUGUGACCGUCCUUUUACUGGGUCUGCAGAUCACCAUUUUUGCUACGUACAGUUUCCCACAUCGUCGGUGGGACCCGGAUGUGAAGGCAUUGAUGUCUCUGUGGGAGAUGGUCCGGUUGGUGAACAUGCUGAUUGUGUUCAGAUUCCUGCGGAUUAUCCCAAACAUCAAGCUGAUGGCUCUGGUGGCCAGCACUCUGCUUGAUCUGGUAAAGAAUCUCAGAGCCUUUGCUGGAAUCCUGGUGGUUGUGUACUACGUCUUUGCAGUGCUUGGUGUCAUGCUGUUUGAAGGUGCUAUUACAGCUCCUGGGAAUAUGAGUGUGGUUGUCAACGCUAGUGCCCCGAAUGCUACAGUAAACUACAGUGCAACAUGUGGCACUUACGAGCAGCUCGAGUACUGGCCAAACAACUUUGAUGACUUUGCGGCAGCUCUGGUUCUUUUGUACAAUAUCAUGGUGGUGAACAACUGGCAGGCCUUCAUGGAUGCCUAUGCCAGGUACUCAACCCCGUGGUCGAAGCUGUACUUUGUGGCCUGGUGGUUAACCUCCUCGGUCAUGUGGGUCAACCUGUUUGUUGCUUUAAUUCUGGAGAACUUCAUCCACAAGUGGGAUAGAAGCCAUCACUGUUCCAUCUCCGAUGAAGAUCAAGCAGAGUGUCAGUUGACGGUGCAGUCAAUGUUCAGUAAGUUUUUAAAGGAACCAACAGAAGAGGAACUUCUUUCAAUACUGGAGCAGCACCCUCACUUGAACAUCAAGCACUGAUCACAGUAACACCGAGAGAGUUCAGCAGUGUCCCAAACUGGGUCUCUCUCAGUAUUGCUGAUGAUUUUUAUUGAUUUUGAGUGGCUUUUGUUUUGACUGUGUUUUUUUUAUUUUAUUUUUUUUAAAAUUUUAAUAAUGUAUUUAAAUUUGUUUUUAUUUUUUAAACCAGGAUCAUUUUACAAAGUUAAGCAUUUUUUAAGAAAUGUUUAGAAACAUAAUUAGAUUUGUGAAUAACCUAGUUAUAGAAUCUUUACAGAAUCAAUAGGGUUACUGACUCCUGAAAUAUUGCAGAUGCAUGCCAGUUAACUACUGGUACAGUAUUUUAGAUUGAAUUAUAUAGACUAUAAUGGUGCAGCACACUACUCUAGUUACCAUUAACUGUGCCACUUGUCUACAAAGACCACUCUGCUGAAUCCCUGUGUAUAGAUUUAUUCUGUUGAAUCAUAAAGGCACCAUUGAUAGAUCAAGGUUGUAUGUUUGUACAGCUAGGUUUUACAAAAAGAAGUGGUAAAAUGUUUUCUGUCCCCUUUUGAAGGAGAUGCACCCGCUGUUCAAAGUGUGUUAAUGAUUUGAGACGAGGCUGUAGUUCCUGGCAACUUCUUCUGGCACAAAGUUGUCAAAUUGAGUGGCUUGGAUUUGCAGAAUAGGGAUGUGACAGUGAGGGCUGAGCUGGGAAUCAAAAGACAAUAAACUUCUAUCUGAGACGAGAACCUUGCACUGUAAUAAAUGCACCUGGGUGGAUGUUGCUGCUGUCUGUAACACUAAGGUUCUUUUUUCAUUUUAAUUUUGUAGUCUGAAAAUAUCUGUUGCUUUAGACUGUGUGCCUUUUAAAAGCAUGUAUAUUAUUUAACCCUAACCCUUACAUGUAUUAUUAACCAUAGCACUCAUUGGGAAAAUGACUAAGAAGCAUCAGGUUUUCAGAUGCUACUCUUAUGAUACACAUCUGGUUUGUUGUCAUUCUUUAACAGGUUAACAAUGUCUGUGCCGCUAAAACUUUACCCCAUGUCAGGGGUGCACAAAUCUGGCCCUUGUGUUUCUAGGUAUCAUUCUGUAAUGAACUCCAUUAAGACCUGGAAAGAGGUUAAAUUAAGCAAUGUGUGGUACAGGUAGAACAAAGAACCCGAGGAACGGAAUUGCACAGCCCUGCAUGUAUUCCUGGCAGCGUGGGAGUGCGGCGGCUUUGUCUCCCUCUGCUGACAGAAUGUGGUGUUUUUGUAAUUAGUUCAAAUCCAUGUUUUCACUCCUUUCUCAUUCUGGUAUUCCAGAUAAGCCGGGGGGGCGGGUUUGUUUUGAAAUGCGAUGUCUCACUGUACAUAUAAUCAUACUACAGGUUGUAAAAACAGACUGAACAUUUUAAUUAACUGAGUUAGAGUUUUAGUAGGCCCCCAAUAUUUGUACGGAACCAGAGUGCGCGCACACACAUUUCUGUUGCCUCUGGGUUCACAACUGCCUUCUUUAUUUUGACUAGCUACAGGACUUUAAGCAUAGACAUUACUCUGGGCAGGUUUGGUAGACAUAUUGCAAUUAGACCAUAUCUUGUAAUACAUUCACAAAACAUUUCUGGUAUGGGAACCUGGGAAGUACCCAGUAUUCUUGACAGCAUGCUAAAUAACUGCAAAGACUGUGAUAGCUGGAGGUUUUCUUUCUCUAUUUCCCUCGAGAAAAUACAGAACUUCUUAGUAACUCAUCUUGUGACCUCUUAUGCUUCAUUAAAAUUGUGGCUGUUUUUAAAUCAUUUGACUUGCAUCACAAGUAUGUUUCUCAAAUCCCCAUUGUAAUUGUGUUCUCCUUUUGUAAUUUUAAAAUCUGAAAAGUAAGCUGCAAUUUUGCAUCGUAUAUGCAGUGGUUUAUUAACAUAUAUUAUUCUUUAGAAUUGUUAAGUAAUUUUAAAUCUAUUUUAAGUCACAUUUUCUGAACUUUCUUGUACGUUUUGAAGAAUGCACUUUAAUACAAUUUGAUUUGCAGCUUUAUGUAUUAUCAUAUUUGUUGAAUGUUGAACUAUAGUCUCAGAAAGGUGCCAUUUAAUAAAAAGUAAAUAAACAUGCUGUCACUGUGUUUAUUGACUGUAAUCUGCUCGGUGAACAUACAGUGCAUGUUAAAUAUGUUCUGUAAAAUAUCAUGUGUGCUUUACUUUUAUAAAUGUGAUUCAAUAAAAAGUA